UCUGUCAAUUUGCGUCCGACCUCUCAUGGUCAAACAAAGGCGGAUAUAAUUCAUCUGAGGCGCACGUUUUUGUUUCUUACAGGGAGGAGGAUUCAUUCAUCUCAGGAAAGUACUUUUUUUAAAUCCAACUGCAACUUUUUAUGGAUUUAUAUUGUGUGGAGAAAGCUAUGGUUUCUGUGAUAUAGACUUGCAAUGUGUAGCCUAUGUGUUAAUCUGUAGACAGCUAACAGUGUACUUAGGGCUGUAUUGUAGUUGCUGUGGUGUCACUGUUUCAUAAUUUUAAACCCCUGCAGCUUCAUGUUUUUUAAUUUUUGCAUCCUGGAUAGUGUUUUUUAAAGGAGGUGAACACUGAAAUAAUGCAUCCAAUGGAAAUGGCAGCUACAGUGAACUUUAAGUAAACUUUCCACCAGGCCCGUACAAGCCAAAUCGCAGGGACAACAGAUCCCUUUCUCUUCUGGUUCAGUUUAAAGCGCAUGGUGUGAAAAUGACCAGCCUCUCUAGGAGCAUAGACGACCAGAGAGGCGCUGGCGAGAGCCCGUCUCACAAACCCGAGAUGUCCAGGUACCGCAGCUGGAGCAGUCUUCGCUUCUCAAGAUGGAGAAGUGGCUCCCAGAGGACGACCCCGCCUGGCACCCCCUCACCGAAGGUAGAGAAGAAGGCCGAUGUGACCAGGACGCUCCUCUCCUUGGUUCAGACUCACAAUGAUGACUACACAGCAGAUCCAGAUGGUCUGCUGGACAUCAACGAGGAGGGCGAGGGAGACAGUGAUAACCCCCCAUCUGACCAGUCCACCUACUUCCAGAAGCAGUUUGUGUCCAUGCUGCAGCCCGGGGUCAACAAGUUCUCCCUGCGCAUGUUUGGCAGUCAUAAAGGUGUUGCUGCUGAGCAGGCCAGGGUCAAGAGCUUUGGAGUGUGGAUCAUCCACCCGUACAGUGACUUCAGGUUUUACUGGGACAUUGUGAUGCUCCUGUUGAUGAUGAGCAAUCUGGUCAUUUUGCCGUGGGGCAUCACCUUCUUUGAAGACCAGAACACCAUGCCCUGGAUCACCUUCAACGUCCUCUCUGACACUCUCUUCCUCAUGGACCUGGUUUUCAAUUUCCGCACGGGCAUCCCGGGAGAGGAUAGCCACAUCAUCCUGGACCCCAAAGAGAUCCGCAUGCACUACCUGCGCACCUGGUUCAUGGUGGACUUUGUCUCUUCCAUCCCCGUCGACUACAUCUUCCUCAUCGUCGACCUGGAGUCCCGGCACGAGUCAUCUGAUGUGUACCGCACUGCCCGCGCCCUCCGCAUUGUGCGCUUCACCAAGAUCCUCAGUCUGUUGCGUCUUCUCAGACUGUCUCGCCUCAUCCGCUACAUUCACCAGUGGGAGGAGAUUUUCCACAUGACUUAUGACCUGGCCAGUGCUGUGGUGCGUAUAGUCAACUUGAUCGGUAUGAUGCUGCUGUUGUGCCACUGGGAUGGCUGCCUGACCUUCAUGGUGCCUAUGCUGCAAGAGUUCCCCCCAGACUGCUGGGUAUCCAAAAAUAACAUGGUGAAUUCCACAUGGCAUCUUCAGUACUCCUACGCUCUGUUCAUGGCCAUGAGUCACAUGCUGUGUAUAGGUUACGGUGCCCACCCUCCAGAGGGCAUGACUGACGUUUGGCUCACCAUGAUCAGUAUGGUCGUGGGGGCCACGUGCUACGCUAUGUUCCUUGGUCACGCAACUAACCUGGUCCAGUCAUUGGAUGCAUCACAUCGCCAGUAUCAAGAGAAGUAUAAGCAAGUGGAGCAGUACAUGUCGUUCCACAAACUGCCGGCAGACGUGAGACAGAGGAUUCAUGAUUAUUACGAGCAGCGAUUCCAAGGCAAGAUGUUUGAUGAGGACAGCAUCCUCGGCGAGCUCAGUGAUCCACUGAAGGAGGAAAUUGUCAGCUAUAACUGCCGGGGCCUCGUAGCCAACAUGCCACUGUUUGCCAACACCGACCCUCAUUUUGUGACAGUGAUCCUGACCAAGCUGCGCUUUGAAGUUUUCCAACCUUCAGACUUGAUUAUACGAGAAGGGACGCUGGGUCGGAAAAUGUACUUCAUCCAGCACGGUACCGUAACUGUCAUCCCGCGUGGCAGUAAGGAGAUUACGCUCAAUGAUGGAGCAUAUUUUGGAGAGAUCUGCCUGCUAACCCAAGGACGACGCACAGCCACUGUGAGGGCUGACACCUACUGUCGCCUUUACUCCCUGAGUGUGGACAGUUUCAAUGAGGUCCUGGAGGAGCAUCCUCUGAUGAGGAGGGCAUUUGAGAGUGUGGCUGUGGACAGACUGGGCCGGGUUGCUCGCAGACCCAGUUAUCAGCCUCCCCCAGCUGACUGACUUCCUUAAUAAACAACAGACUCCUGUCAGAAAUGCGGAGGAUAUUUGUAACAAACACUGCGACAGAACUUAACAAAGAAACCUUCAAUGGAAAUGUUACCAACUACUGUUUAUUAUAGUGCUCAGUGAUGGACAACCUGAUGGAGACCCUCCGUUUUAUUUAUUAACACGUUAUUGCUGCACUUGAUUGAAAAUACGCACCUUCAGUUGAUUUAAUUUUGGAUCUCAAUAAGCUAUGUGAUCACUUUGGUGUUAGAUAUUUGUACACAUUUCAUGUUAGAUUAAUUGUUUCAAUGUUUGAAUCAAUGAAUCACUAUUUUCUUGUUUCUUUAGCAGCUGACAUUUUUGGUGGUGCAUGUGCUUUUUACCAAUGGCAACAUUAGCUUCUCCAAAUGUAAAUACCUCUUUAAGAAUCAUUUUUAGUUACAUGCUUGCUUCCUGAGAUUGCAGUUUCAUUAUCCAUCGCAUCACUCAUAUGGGAUAUCAGAAGCACACAGGAUCACCGGCUGAGCGUCAUACAGCUGUACGUAGCUCUGACUCUAAUGACCCUUCAGGGCUGUAGGUUGCAUCAAGUCACGUUUUAAUACCAGUGUUCACUGAGGAUAAGCUGCAGUGAUGUAAUAACUCUACAGAGUAUGUUUGUACACAGUUAUACAUCACUGUUUAAAUUUAUAUCUGAAGAGAUAAUCUGAAAAGUCUUUGCAUCUCAACAGUUCAGUAUUCAGUAUUACAGACUUUGAUUUUUCCCCACACAUAGAUUUAAGUUACUCACUCUCCCUUUAAUUUGCACUUAAAUCUGUUUUCAUUUUCUGUGGGCAAGUAUUUUGCAAGCAUAAUUCUGGCUUAUUCAAAUUUUUUUUAAGCAGAUUAUGUCGUUAAUUAGCAAAUAAUUCUGAAGAAUUUCAUGUUUCCAAAGAAACUGACUCAUUUUAACAUAUAACUGACAGACAAAACAAACAUCUCAUGUAUGUGAGCUGUUAUUACUGUGUUGAUUGAUAGUGUUGUUUUUUUUCAGGUAAAUGUGAUGCAUCCAUUUUACAGUAAUGUAAAUGUACAUACAUAUGCAUGUAUGUAAUUUAAUAUCACUUCAAUUUGAUUAAUAUUAACCCUGAUGCUCAGCCUAUCCUCUUUAUUUAGACUUUCUAAAGACUGAUCCUCAUACUGAUGAUGUCAUGUAAAUACGAAUAUUUCUACCCUUUAAACAUGAAUAUAAAAAAUGUAUUUUGACUAUGA